AUGCUGUACAUGUCAACUUCUCCAGAGCAGGUGGUUAAGAAGCAGAAGGAGGAGGAGAAAGAAAUUGAUUCCACAUUAAAAUUCGGCUUUCGGCUGAUUUGCUCGACGGCCCUGUAUCCGCUCGAUUAUGCCAAAACUCUCAUCCAGCUCGGAUAUGAACCGAUCGCACCCCGCCCGGGACGGACGCUCUUUGGUACGAGGGCGAUGAUGCUACCAAAUAUAUUCCAGUACGCUGCGUAUAUAAAAAGUGUCGACGGAUUCAUCGGAUGUUUCCGAGGCCUGGGCCCCAGGCUGGUGGGCAAUAUGUUGAGCUCGUACUACAGUGAAAAGCUGGCCCUGGUAGUACUGGCGAAUCCGGUCACCACCCGGUUCGAUGAUCCCAUGUACUGGGUCAAUGAAUUAGACAACGAUGCAUUGAACGAGUACAUGGAAAUGAAGGACGGUGAGGUGAAGCGUGUGCCGGGCGGAUUGCUACGUAAAGUCGUGGCGCACGUAUGCGGCGUUGUCAUUUCCCACCCAUUUCACGUGAUUUCCAUCCGCAUGAUGGCACAGUUCAUCGGCCGGGAGCGUAUUUACACUGGGCUGUUCCGCUCGAUCAAGGAAAUCUGGGUGAACGAAGGCAUCAAAGGCUUUUUUUCGGGGAUCGUUCCCCGUCUGUGGAUGGAUUUAUGUUGCAUGACAAUAACGGCCGGAAUUACCUACCUGUUUGUCAAGCACGUCGGGGUUAACAAAACGAUGUGCGGCCACAUCGAUGCGAUCGCAAGCUUUACGGUAACGAGCAUUUUUUAUCCGUACCAUGUCGUGUCCACGUGCAUGGCCGUCCAAGGGUCAAGAUUGAAAGCCGGCAACCCACCGAUGAUGGACCAUUAUAUUAACUGGCGCGACUGCUACGCACGUCUCGUUUUGCAAAAACAGCACAAGCGAGGUGCAUCAUUAUUUUUCCGGUAA